AUGUCACCGCGCAACAUCAACGUCUUCGUGACGACCUUCCCAGGCCUGGGUCUCCCGUCGACCCUGACCUUUCCAGUAUCCUCUCAUGCGACCACAAACGACAUCCACGCCUGCAUCGAGGACAAGCUUCCGUUUUCAGAAGCGCGAUACAUUCUUACGACGAUAUCAAACAAGCAACUCGUACCAGGCGUACAGCGGCCAGUUUCCUCAUUAUGCUCUCAAGAGGACGACUUCAUUUCGCUCCGGCUGUCUCUGCCACUAUGCGGUGGCAAGGGAGGCUUUGGUUCCCAACUGCGUGCCGCCGGUGGUCGCAUGUCGUCCAGGAAGAAGAAGAACCAGGGCGAUGAGAACGGCUCGAGCAGAAACUUGGAUGGGCGAAGGAUACGGACAGUCACGGAGGCCAAGGCGCUUGCUGAGUACCUGGCGAUCAAGCCGGAAAUGGAGGCAAAGGAGAAAGAGAAGCGUCGCGAGAGAUGGCAACAGAUUGUCGAUGCCGCGGAGCAGAAAGAACACGAAAUCAAGAACAGUUCGCGAGGCCGGCUCGAUGGCAAGUGGGUGGAGGAUAAGGAAGAGGUUGGUGAGCGCACGCGCGAAGCGGUGCUUGCCGCCAUGAAAGCCGGUCACUACAAGGAUAACCUGCUCGGCACCUCCCAUGGUUCGGCAACAAGCGACGAGACUGGUGACGAUUCGGAGAUGGAGGACGAGGAAGAUGCAGAAGAGGCCCAGCAAGCUGCCGGAUCGAGCAGUAGCUCAAAGGCCAACUCGCCACCACAGACCACUGCUCCAGCUGCAAGACCACAAAAUCGGGUCUUCGCCGGCUUUGACGAGGACGAUGAGUUCAUGAGCUCGUCUGAUGAGGAAGAGGAGGGUGCAAAAUGA